GGGCGGGCUAAAUAAUCCGAGCUGAACCAAGAUGGCUGCUUUCACGGGGAGGAUGGGGGCUCUCUCUCUGGGGUGGUUUGCCCUCUGCCUUGGUGUCGCCGUGGCUGUCGACAGAGGCAACUUUAAAACCUGCGAGCAGAGCGCCUUCUGCAAGCGUCAGAGGGCCAUGAAGGCGGGCCAGUCUCCGUACAGGGCCCUGCUGGACACUCUGGAACUAAGUGACUCGCGGGUCACACUGCAGCUCAUCAAUGAUAACAACAAGGUGCACUUGCUGCUGGAGCUCUACCGUCUGCAAGGCAACAUGACCCGGGUGAAGAUAAACGAGCUUAAGCCGCUCAAGCCGCGCUUUGAGGUCCCCGACGUCCUCAUUGCUGACCCACCCACUGAACCCCUCUCGGUGGUCUCCCGGGAUGAAAACGGUGUUGUUCUCUCACUGGGAGAUGAGGCGCGACGGCUCAUCGUCAGCGCUCAGCCCUUCCGCCUGGACAUCGUAGAGGGUCCACAGGUGCUGCUGUCCCUGAAUUCGCGUGGCCUGUUGGCCUUUGAGCAUCUGCGCCCGCGCAAGGACACUCAGGCAGAGGUACCGGAGAAGACGGAGGAUGCUGCAACUACAGAGCAGCCUGUAGUGGAGAAGGCACCAGAUGGAGGGAGUGAGGAUGAUAAUCAGCCAGGCUUGUGGGAGGAGACGUUCAAGUCACACACUGACAGCAAACCCAAUGGACCCACGUCUAUCAGUUUGGAUUUCUCCCUUCCUGGAGUGGAGCAUGUGUAUGGCAUCCCAGAGCAUGCUGAUAACCUCAAACUCAAGUCCACAGAUGGUGGGGACCCCUAUAGGCUAUAUAAUCUGGAUGUGUUCCAGUAUGAGCUAUACAACCCUAUGGCACUAUAUGGUGCAGUGCCUGUACUCCUAUCCCAUAACGCUCAGAGAACCAUGGGCAUCUUCUGGUUCAAUGCUGCUGAGACAUGGGUAGACAUCAGCUCCAACACUGCAGGGAAGACGGUGUUUGGAAAGAUGCUGGACUAUGUUCAGGGAGCCAGCGAGACACCCCAGACAGACAUUCGCUGGAUCUCAGAAAGUGGCAUCAUUGAUGUGUUCAUUAUGCUUGGGCCAAAGCCUGCUGAUGUCUUCACCCAGUAUGCCUCCCUCACAGGCACCCAGUCCUUCCCACCCCUCUCUGCUUUGGCGUACCACCAGUGCAGAUGGAACUAUAAUGACCAGGAGGAUGUGCGCGCUGUGAACCAGGGUUUUGAUGAGCAUGACAUCCCCUGUGACUUCAUUUGGCUGGACAUUGAGCACACAGAUGGCAAGCGAUAUUUCACUUGGGAUCCCAGCAAGUUCCCCAAGCCCCUCGAGAUGUUGCAGGACCUCACGGACAAAAGACGGAAGAUGGUGGCCAUUGUAGACCCCCACAUCAAGGUGGACAGUGGGUACAAAAUCCACAGUGAGCUUCGCUCCAAGAACUUGUACGUGAAGAACAAGGAUGGCGCAGACUACGAAGGCUGGUGCUGGCCAGGAAAUGCUGGCUACCCUGACUUUAUAAGGCCUGACACGAGAGCGUGGUGGGCCAGCAUGUUUGCCUAUGACCAGUAUGAGGGCUCCACGGAGAACCUGUACACCUGGAAUGACAUGAACGAACCCUCUGUGUUCAAUGGGCCUGAAGUGACCAUGCACAAGGAUGCUGUCCAUGGGGCCUGGGAGCACCGAGACCUCCACAAUCUCUAUGGUUUCUAUGUGCAAAUGGCUACUGCUGAGGGGUUGAUCCAGCGCUCGGAGGGCAAAGAGAGACCCUUUGUCCUCACCAGGGCCUUCUUUGCUGGAUCUCAGCGCUAUGGUGCGGUUUGGACAGGAGACAAUGCUGCAGAGUGGGAUCACCUGAAGAUCUCCAUUCCCAUGUGCCUGAACCUGAACCUGGUUGGGAUCUCCUUCUGUGGAGCUGACGUUGGUGGCUUCUUCAAGUCCCCCAGCACGGAGCUGCUGGUGCGCUGGUACCAAGCUGGUGCGUACCAGCCCUUCUUCCGGGCCCACGCGCACAUGGACACCCCACGGCGUGAGCCCUGGCUCUUUGGGCCUGAGAACACUGCACUGAUCCGUGAGGCGAUCCUCCAGCGCUAUGCCCUACUUCCCUACUGGUAUCAGCUCUUCUACCAUGCUUACCUCACUGGACAGCCUAUAAUGAGACCUCUGUGGGUGGAGUAUCCUGGUGACGCUUCUACUUUUGCUAUGGAUGACCAGUACCUGCUAGGGCGAGAUUUGUUAGUCCACCCUGUGACUGAGGAGGGUGCAAGAGGGAUCACAGCAUACCUGCCAGGUCAAGGAGAGGUAUGGUAUGAUGUCCAUACCUUCCAGAAACACAACGGUGCCCAGAACCUCUACAUUCCUGUCACAAUCAGCUCUAUCCCAGUGUUCCAGCAUGGUGGAUCCAUCAUCCCCAAGAAGCUGCGUAUACGAAGGUCUUCCUCCUGCAUGGAAAAUGACCCAUACACCUUCAUUGUAGCCCUCAGUCCCCAGAGGACAGCAGAGGGAGAGCUCUACAUAGAUGAUGGGCACACUUUCAGCUACAGGACUGAGAAGAAGUUCAUCCACAGGCGCCUGACUUUCGCUAACAACACACUCACCUCUCGCAAUCUUGCACUUGAUUCCCAGUUCUCCACGCCUUCCUGGAUUGAGAGAGUGGUGAUCCUGGGAGCACAGAAGCCCAACAAAGUUACUCUGAGGAUGGCUGAUGGUGCAGAGUCAUCUUUGGAUUUUGAGUUUGAUACGGCCAUGUCAGUGUUAACCCUUCGGAAGCCAGGCAUGAAUGUUGGGGCUGACUGGAGCAUCCUGCUGCAGUGACACCAACAGCUAUGCUCACAGCUGGUGUCGGAGAACUCUGACACUGGAACCCACUGGCACAGAUCAACCAUGACAAGACUGCACUGACACAGCACACAAAGGAAACAUACAUACACACACAUACAGAUAAGAUUCUGGGUAACACACAUCCAACAUGCUGUAUGGGAACAGAAAAAGAAAUUGGGGUACAUGAGAGAAGGUCACUGACUGCCUCUUUGUUCCCUACAUUUCUAUGAAUUAUACAGGGUGUUUCAUACACCUUUUUCCCAGGAUUGAAACAGUUUGCGGAUAACUGACAAUUUCUAAAUGUGGAUUUAAAAAAGAAAAUUGUGUUCGGUUUGAGUUCACAUAAGAUACCAUACACUUUAACAAACACACACAGCGACAAUUCCAGAAAAACCUGCACGAUGUGAUCCCCUUCUUCAGAAAUCUCCUCUGAGUAGGAACACCUUUAGAGGGAAGAAUUGUUAAAACAGAAGGAAAACCAAACAUUUUCGUAUCCCAUUCCAUGUAUUUCAGCUCGGAAUUUAAUAGUUUUGAAGGAUCAAAGAACAUUUAAAUCAAUUGAGAAAACCGAAAAGGUAAUUUUAAGACUUUAUUUGACCAGUUUUGAAUACUACUGAGGACGGCUGGUUAUGAGCUGCUGCCUAACCCCUUAGUGAAGACGACCUACAAAAAUGGUUUUAUAUAAUUUUGCUUGCUGAAUCAUGGAACAUAUGAAUCCAGAAAGUAGUUAACAUCUACAAAAAUGUACAGUUCAGUAAGAGGUUAAUGCAGAACUAAAUUUUCCCUUGUGGUAUCAUUGAAGUAGAUGAAUUAAAUAGAUUUGAAGGGUUUAGUAGUCAGAUCCAGUUCAAUGUGAGACAGUGCUGGCUGCACACCGCAUACCUAUCUUUAAACAAAGCUCACAAAGGACUUGUCCUAGAAGUCAGUCCACUUACAGGAAGACCAAACCAGUAGUGAAAUUUAUUCUGACCAGCAAUGUUUUUUUUUUUUUUUUUUUUUUGUCUUCUUUCAUGUUUUGUUUUUUGUUUCAUUUUGAUAUACUUGAUUACAGAAAGUUCUUGAGCCUUCCAGUUUGCUGUGCUUGUUCUAUGUUUUUGGGACAGAUGUUGGUCCCAACUUGAGUUUUUGCCCAAAUGUAUGAGUUAGGAACGUGGGUAUAACACUGGUCUAUAAUGAUAUUAGAGAAAAUUGUCAUGUGCUCUACAUAUGUCUAACUUGACUAUGGACAAAAAUGGCCAUAUUCCAUUCAUCUUUGAGGCAUUAAAAGCUGCAGGUGCUCUGGGACUGGAGUGACUGAGAGGCCUCAUUGUGAUCAUGUGACUGUGAAUUAAAUCACCACUCCUUGUGAAGUCCAUAAGGACUUUUGGAUUCUGUUAGUCUUACAGUUCAACAUUUCUCCUCAAACAUGUAAAACAGUGGCUUUGAGAUGUGUACUUAUUGAGAUGGAACUGCAGCAAAUGUUAGAGCCAGUGUUAAAGUUUUAAUGAUGUCUUCAAAAGCAAUGUUAUGUUUUAGUGUAAUGCGAUUUGUUCAUAACAGAUUAUUUCAAUUGUGAAAUUAUUUCAUGACUAAAUUGUUUAAAAAGGAUUCUAAAGGAUUUUUUUUUUUCCCAAAAAUGGAUUUAAAAUUGACAAAUGUGUAAGGG